AUGUCUGAAUUCAAAGAGUUCAUGAUGAAUGAGUUUGAUAUGUCAGACUUGGAUAAGAUGAGGUAUUUUCUUGGUAUUGAGGUAGUUCAGUUAGAUGGCGGUAUAUGCAUUAGUCAAACGAAGUAUGCGAUAGAAGCGGUGAGAAGAUUUGGAAUGGAGCAUAGCAAUUUUGUUGAAAAUCUAAUGGUUCCGGGAUUUAAAAUCUCCAAAGAUGAAAAUGGUGUUGAGAUGGAUGGUUCAUUUUUCAAGAAUUUGAUUGGAAGUUUAAUGUACUUGGCUUCUACGAGGCCAGACAUAAUCUAUGCAGUUAGCUUAUUAAGCAGAGAGGAAGGAAAUUUGGAAUUGAUUGGCUUUACAGAUAGUGAUUAUGUCGGAUCGAUUGAGGAUAGAAGAAAUACUCCUGGUUAUGUUUUUAUGCUAAGUGGAGCUGCAGUAGCUUGGUAUUCUCGAAAGCAACCAAUAGUAACGUUGAGCACGAUGGAAGUCGAGUUUGUAGCAGUUGCGGGAAAUAGUUGUUAG